ACAUAAAUUUCUCAAAUUUUGAUCAAAAUUCUCGUAUUAAAAAUCUGUGAUAGAAUAAAUUUUGUGAUAAAAUGAAAAAUUAACAAAACAAAAAAUUCAAAAUUUAUAAAAUUCAUCAAAAUUACUUGUAAAUAUCAUCAAAAUCAAUCAAAAAACAAAAAACCGGCUGAAAAAUGACUUUCGAAUUCACCAAAACACGGGAAAUGAUCCCGGAGCUUCCAGAUGUCUACUUUUUGGGUCAAAAUCACUUCGGGCAGUUCAAGAAAAGUAUCAAGGAUGAAAAAUUUUACGAAAAGAUCGAUUGGAGCCAAUUCAGUGAAAAUCCGUUCUCAAACAUCCUAAAUUUUGAUAUUGCUGUUACUGUCAACUACUCUGCCAUUGCCGUAGAUUCUAAACUUUUCAUUUCAACGAUUGAUUUGAAGGAAAAUGUCAUUUCCGAUGAGAAACCGCUUCUUACGAAGACUUUUUCCUUUGAUUCUUUAAUCUCCAAAGUCUCUGCUAAUACGAGUUAUUGUUUAAUUUUACUGGAAAAUGGAGAUUUAUUCCAAAUUAUGAUUGGAACUUUCGAAAAAAGGCAAAUUUCUUGCUUGAAUGUUGAAGUUACGCCAGAAAAAAAGUCAAUUUUUGUUGAAAAUCGAAAUUCCGUUCGAAAUUUAGAGAAAAUUGUUGAUAUCGCGUGUGGCGAAACCGUUUGCGUUGCUGUGACAAACCUCAAUGCAGUUUAUAACAUCCCGAAUUUGACUUUUAACUUCCCAAAACACACAAAAAUUCGUAAAAUCUGUUGCGGAAAUGAACAUUCGAUGAUUUUAACAGCAAAUGGCGAUGUUUUUACUUGGGGAACCGGCUUAAGAGGGCAACUUGGACACGGCGAGAUACAAAAUGAAGAAGUUCCAAAGCUGGUAGAAGGCUUGGCAGGGUUAAAAGUCGUCGAUAUCAGUGCCGGAGGAUGGUCUUCAGCUGCAAUCACGUCUUUUGGUGACUUGUAUAUGUGGGGAUGGAACUCCCACGGGCAAUUAGGCUUCCGAGUUUUUGAUGUUUCGAGUCCUUCAACCCAAAAUCCGUCGAAAAAUCAAACUGUUUACACAAUUCCAACCUUAGUAAGUCUCGACGACGAAGAAAGUGACGAACCUUCUCUCGAAAUCUCUUGUAAAAAGGUCUUUUGCGGGUCAAAACACACCUUAGUCCUUACCGAAGAUGGAAAAUUAUUCGUUACCGGCUCAAAUGUGUACAAACAAUUAGGACUAGAGGAAAAUUUUAAACCAAAUUCAUUGAAAAAGGAUCAAUUUUUAGACAAUUUUACAGAAUUACAACCAAAAUUACCGAAAAACGUCAAAAAUUAUAAAAUUUCUUGUGCAUAUUCGUGCACUUUGUUCAUUGAAAACAAAUAAAAAUGAUUUA